AUGCCUCAGAACGAGUAUAUUGAGAGAUGGCAGAAGCAGCACGGGAAGCGCCUCGACCACGAGGAACGCACCCGCAAACGCAUAGCCCGUGAAGGCCAUAAACAAUCGCAAGAUGCGCAGACUCUACGCGGCCUCCGGGCUAAGCUGUAUCAUAAGAAGCGUCAUGCGGAGAAGAUCGAGAUGCGCAAACGCAUAAAAGCUCAAGAAGAACGAAAUGUCAAGUCCUCUACACCAAAUGAACCCUCUACGACGCCGCUGCCACAAUACCUUCUUGAUCGCUCACAAACCACAAACGCCAAAGCGUUAUCGAGUGCGAUAAAGGAAAAGCGGGCGGAAAAGGCUGCCAAGUUCUCAGUUCCAUUGCCGAAAGUCAAGGGAAUCAGUGAGGAGGAGAUGUUCAAGGUGGUCAAGACGGGUAAGAAGACUGCAAAGAAAAGCUGGAAGAGGAUGAUUACGAAGCCUACCUUUGUGGGCGGAGAUUUUACACGACGACCAGUAAAAUAUGAGCGAUUUAUUCGACCGAUGGGAUUACGGUAUAAGAAGGCCAAUGUAACCCAUCCGGAGCUCGGAGUGACUGUGCAACUGCCCAUCAUCAGCGUGAAGAAGAACCCACAGAGUCCGAUGUACACGCAGCUUGGCGUUCUAACCAAAGGCACGAUCAUUGAAGUUAAUGUUUCAGAACUAGGCUUGGUCACAGCGGGAGGAAAGGUAGUCUGGGGCAAGUGGGCACAGAUUACGAAUAAUUGUGAGAACGAUGGCUGUGUCAAUGCGGUUCUUCUCGUCUAG